CGAAUCGUAAACAACGAGGAUAAAAAUGCUUUUUCUUGAAGGAUCAGAAUCCGAACGUCACUUCCGGCAACAAUAGGAAACGUCAAAACGCAAACGGUCGGCAGCUCUGGCUCCUGCAGCUCGCGGUGCUCUGCGUUCGGAGGGGUCUGGUACUGUUUCUGGUCCUCCCACCGCCGUCACUUCCACCAGCGUGAACAAGUAAAGUUUGAACCGGCUUCUUCAUGGCCUGGGCACCCGUUCCCGGCUGAACUAUUUUCUUUUUGGCUAGAAGCCCCCGCCCAGAGGCCGAUUCGUCGCGGCGGCGGUGGAGGUCACAGGUCGCUCAGCCUUGCAGAUGGGUCAGGGGCUGUGGAGAGUGGCCAGAAACCAGCAGCUUCAACAGGAAGGCUAUAGUGAGCAAGGCUACCUCACCAGAGAGCAGAGCAGGAGAAUGGCUACGAGCAACAUUUCUAACACCAAUCAUCGCAAACAAGUCCAAGGAGGCAUUGACAUAUAUCAUCUUUUGAAGGCAAGGAAAUCUAAAGAACAGGAAGGAUUCAUUAAUUUGGAGAUGUUGCCUCCUGAGCUAAGCUUUACCAUCUUGUCCUACCUGAAUGCAACUGACCUCUGCUUGGCUUCAUGUGUUUGGCAGGACCUCGCUAAUGAUGAACUUCUCUGGCAAGGGUUGUGCAAAUCCACUUGGGGUCACUGUUCCAUUUACAAUAAGAGCCCACCUCUAGGAUUUUCCUUUAGAAAAUUGUAUAUGCAGCUGGACGAAGGCAGCCUCACCUUUAAUGCCAACCCAGAUGAGGGAGUAAAUUACUUUAUGUCCAAGGGUAUUCUAGAUGAUUCACCAAAGGAAAUAGCAAAGUUUAUCUUCUGUACAAGAACACUAAAUUGGAAAAAACUGAGAAUCUAUCUUGAUGAAAGGAGAGAUGUCUUGGAUGACCUUGUAACAUUGCAUAAUUUUAGAAAUCAAUUCUUGCCAAAUGCACUGAGAGAAUUUUUUCGUCAUAUCCAUGCCCCCGAAGAGCGUGGGGAGUAUCUUGAAACUCUUAUAACAAAGUUCUCACAUAGGUUCUGUGCUUGUAACCCUGAUUUAAUGCGAGAACUUGGCCUUAGUCCUGAUGCUGUCUAUGUACUGUGCUACUCUUUGAUUCUACUUUCCAUUGACCUCAGUAGCCCUCAUGUGAAGAAUAAAAUGUCAAAGAGAGAAUUUAUUCGAAAUACCCGUCGUGCUGCUCAAAACAUUAGUGAAGAUUUUGUAGGGCACCUUUAUGACAACAUCUACCUUAUUGGCCAUGUGGCUGCAUAAAAGCACAAGUGCUAGGACUUCAACUUUUUACUUCACACUAAAGCUGCCCAAGGACGACUUUAGCAGAUAUGCAAGUUACAUCAGUGCUGGUCAUGCUAGCCUUUGUAUACAAUUAAGCUUGAGUGUACAACCUUUUUUCUUUUGCUACUUUCUUUUGUAGUAAUUUCCUUGGGGAACUAAACAAUUUUGCAGAACUUUUUAAAAUUUUGCUCAUCAUAUUUUGCACAAAGCAGAGCCACUAUCUGACACAGCUGUUAAAGGAUGUUAAACUGACAUUAUACUCUAAAAGUUGUAUUGUGCAUUAGAUCUGCCUGUAAAACUCUAUCCAUUUCCAUUCUUUUUAAAAAUAUAUA